UAUUUGUAAAAUGUCGCGUUUUAUAGUCUUAAUAUGUUUGAGCUUCGUGCUUGCACAAGUUAAAGCAGAGACAAAGAAAAGAGAAGCAUCUGCAUCCUACUCUAUUCCAACGCGGCACACCUACUCCGAGUAUCACAAUAGAGUCCCGAUCCCAAUUCCUCAUCCCGUCCCAGUAAGUGUUCCUAGACCUGUACCAGUAGGUGUACCAGUUGCAGUACCAGUGGACAAUCCACGCCCCGUCCCAGUUGCUGUUCCUCAACCGGUGGCUCAAAUAAUACCCAGACCGGUAGCGGUACCGAUCAACCGUCCAGUACCAUUGCCAGUCUCCCAGCCCGUUCCUGUUACUAUUACACAGGGAGUUGGUAUUCCAGUUCCCCAACCAUACGCGGUCAGUGUGCCAGCUGCUGUUCCAGUCAGAGUGCCACAGCCGAUUCCGGUACCGGUGGGCGUUCAAGCAAUUGGGGGAUAUGGCGGUAUUGGUUCCGGUGUAUCAAUUGGUGGUAUCGGUUCCGGUGUAUCAAUUGGUGGUAUCGGGUCUGGCUUGUCAAUCAGUGGUAUUGGCUCCGGCGUGUAUGCUGGUGGAUAUGGAUCCAUAGGUGUUCCUGUAUCUUCAAAAAUCGUUUCAUCAGUUUCAAUAGCUCAUCCAUAUAUUUCUUCUGGAUCUGUUCAUGGGUCUGGCUAUGGCGGUGGGUAUCUGUCAGGAGGUCAUGGAGUGUAUGGCCACGGGCAUUGAUACCAAUGAAUAAUAUAUUCAAAAUGUCUGCCAAAUAUAGAGGCUCAUUGUAUGUUUUCGAAUGUUUUAACUUUAUAUUGUAGUCCUAUGGGGUAUGUCCGGUUGAAGGUCCCUUAUUUUUUAUAUCUAGUCCAAAGUCCAUUAUUAUCUAUGAUGUAUUUUUUAAGUGAAUAAUUAAUUUGUAUUGAAUUAAAUAUUUAAAUUGUAAUAAUACUGAUUGCUCCGAAACAAUGCUUGUAUGGCAAGGACAUUAAUUCACCUUUAUUUCUCAUAUUGUUUACCAAUCAACGCUUUAUUAGUACUAAGUUAAUAUUAAUUUGUGUUAGACUUCUUACGGUAUUGAUUAUUUUGUACAUAAAAAAUAAUUAUAUAAUACUACCCACCUU